GUCAACCCCAGCAGCUGAACGUUAUAGUGUCAAAACACAGAGAGAAACCAGCAGCGCAAGAUCUCACCCCGAUCCAGCUCCGGCUUCACUUUCGGGGGAAUUUGUCGACACAAAAGUGUUUUUCAGAAACGCCCGCGUACCAUGACCGAACAAUCAGCCUUACUUCUUCGAAAACAACUGGCAGAGCUCAACAAGAACCCAGUGGAGGGCUUUUCAGCUGGUCUGAUAGACGAUGAUGAUAUAUAUAAAUGGGAAGUUGUGAUCAUUGGUCCACAAGAUACCCUUUUUGAAGGAGGGUUCUUCAAAGCAUACCUUACCUUUCCUUAUGAUUAUCCGCUACGGCCUCCAAAGAUGAAGUUCAUCACUGAAAUAUGGCAUCCGAAUGUUGCAAAGAACGGGGACGUUUGCAUCUCAAUUCUGCACGAGCCAGGAGAAGAUAAGUUUGGUUAUGAAAAGCCUGAAGAGCGCUGGCUUCCAAUCCACACAGUAGAGACAAUCAUGAUUAGUGUUAUCUCCAUGCUAGCAGACCCCAACAGCGACUCACCAGCUAACGUUGAUGCUGCGAAAGAGUGGAGGGAGGAUCCUAACGGUGAAUUCAAGAGGAAGGUGGCCCGCUGUGUAAGAAAGAGUCAAGAGAUGGCAUUCGAUUAGGAGUCCAUUGUAAAUUCCAGGUUCUAGGAAAUGCCUUCAGAGGGAUAAUUUCAGCGAAAGGCUUUUGCACCCCUUGUUUUGCCAGUCAGAGGAAUUGGUUGGCCUCAACCACCUUUCUGUGAAUGGUUGUCUUUUUCCGCAAGAUGAGCCAAUUUGAAAACCCCUACCAGCGAAAUUAACCUGUUUCCUACCUGGAAUUGUAUAUUUAAUGUUAUUUAUUUUGAAAAAAAUAAUGAUGUAAGAUAUGUCACUACUGUAAAUUAACUUGCUUUUUUAUCUGCUGCUGAACAGUUUCUACUUUAUACCAGGUUUCUUAUGCAAUUUAGUGGUCAAGAUUGUGUAAAACAAAACGUAAAAACCCGUUACCAUUAGCUCAUCACUUGUUCUCCCUACUUAACACUUGCUACCAGAUAAAUGUCGGCCCUACCAAUUUCUGUCAGUUGAUGUGAUUUCUUUUCAACACUUUCAUAUAAUCACUGUUGCCUUGUGUCGGCUUUAUUCCUCACAGUCUGCUUGUUGUUUAGAGGUCCGGGUUAAGACGUCUGAGAGGGACUCUUUGUUUAAAGAUCUCCCAUACAGUCUUAAUUUCUCUGAGAAAGACUUCCUGUUAUAUGAUAGUUACGCUGGUGAACAAAGGUAUAAAACCAUAACUCUCAAGCCUGCAUGAUCCCCUCAGCACAGCUCUGUUAUGUAGUUCUAGCUGUAGAUGUAAAUGGAAUGGCUUACUCAGUGAUUUGAGGGUUAUGGUUUUAUUAUUUAUUGACUUGCACAAGCAGAACUAAUGAUAACAAAAGGUUUUCACCGACGUCUCAGGAGCACACUCCAUCGGGUUUUAGAUUAGCAGUAUUCAAAAAAGAUCUCACUGUUCUUGACCCUUUCCCUUAAUCUGUGGUCAGUAAAGAUAUUUGUUAAUUCUCAUUUAGUCUAAUGUCUUUUCACACGGUUGUAAUAAAUCAUGGACAACCAAAUACAGUCUGUGAAUAAAGCCUGAGCUGUGCGCAUUCAGCAUGUGUCCUGGUUAACUGAGACCCGAGCUUACCUCAAUUUGAAAGGAUAACAUAUGUGACAAGAACUCUGCUUGUUUUAGUUCUCAAUCUCUCAACAUAGUAGAAGUAGGCUAGUCAUUCAUACUUUGUUAUGGCACACCUGGCUUCUGAUCUACAUGUGGGUAAAUAGUAAUGUGUAAGCCACAGUCAUGUUUGAGUUCAGCUUCUGAUGAUAGCUGAGUAAUGCUCUAUAACUCUUCCAACAUCGUUAGUCCUUACCGGUGCAUACUUGGAUCACAGUUACCCCAUUUACAAAAUCACUGAGCUUGAGUUGAAAUUCUAAAUAGAGAUUCAAAGUUAAUUUGCCACCUUGUAAAUGAUAAAUAAGCGUUCUAAUGGAAAGUAAAACCUCCUCUGAGAGGGUUUUAUUUUGAAACAGUGGGUGGAGUCUGGAAAACUUUGGCUUUUGCUCACUCUUAUGGAUGGUGUUGCUGAAUAUAAAGCCAUGAUGACAUCUAUUUUGGAACAAUGUUAAGUAUGACUGGUCUUUGACUGACAUUGAAAACUUACCAUCUUUUGGCGCAUGCAAUCAGGUUUGAAGGGGUUGGGUAUGUUUAAAUAUUAUACCAUUGUUAGUACAUUCUGGGUGAAUGUGAUGUGUUCAGUUAGUAGAUUUCUGUAGACUUGAUGAUCACAUAACUGCUGUUGACAUUACCUUUUUCAGUCAGACUUUUCUAACCUACCAUGACCUCCUCUGACCGGUGUUCACUGUAUUUGCACAGAUUUGGUGCGUUUGAAAAUGUCAUUAAGCAAUACGCCCUGAAAAUGGUGUGUCCAGGUAAUCCACCCUAACGCCAUUUUUUGUUUGUUUUGGUUUUUCAUUUUGUGUCAAUGCAAUGUAUAUUGGACAUGAUGCUCAAUAAAGUGUGUAAACAGA